UCCCUCUCUCCCUCCCCUGAGGGCCGCAGCAGCCACGAUGAGCUUCACUCUGCACUCGGUUUUCUUCACCCUGAAGGUGAGCAUCCUGCUGGGGUCCCUGCUGGGGCUCUGCCUGGGUCUUGAGUUCAUGGGCCUCCCCAACCAGUGGGCCCGCUACCUCCGCUGGGACGCCAGCACGCGCAGCGACCUCAGCUUCCAGUUCAAGACCAAUGUGUCCACGGGGCUGCUCCUCUACCUGGACGAUGGUGGUGUCUGUGACUUCCUCUGCCUCUCCCUGGUGGACGGCCGCGUUCAGCUCCGCUUCAGCAUGGACUGCGCUGAGACUGCCGUGUUGUCCAACAAGCAGGUGAACGACAGCAGCUGGCACUUCCUCAUGGUGAGCCGGGACCGCCUGCGCACUGUGCUGAUGCUCGAUGGUGAGGGCCAGUCUGGGGAGCUUCAGGCCCAGCGGCCCUACAUGGAUGUGGUCAGUGACUUGUUCCUUGGUGGAGUCCCCGCAGACAUACGACCUUCCACUCUGACCCUUGAUGGAGUACAGGCCACGCCCGGCUUCAAGGGAUUAAUCCUGGAUCUCAAGUAUGGCAACUCGGAGCCUCGGCUUCUGGGGAGCCAGGGUGUUCAGCUGGAUGCCGAGGGACCCUGUGGGGAGCGUCCCUGUGAAAACGGUGGGAUCUGCUUCCUUCUGGAUGGCCACCCCACCUGUGACUGUUCCACCACUGGCUACGGUGGCAAGCUCUGCUCAGAAG